AUGUGCCGUCUCCUGGUCUACAAAGGAAGAAACGAUAUCCUGCUCAGCAAACUGAUCACAGAACCAAGCCACUCGAUUCUUACCCAGUCCUAUGAUUCGAGAUUGAGACUUGACCGACGCCGCCCCGUCAACGGCGAUGGUUUCGGAGUAGGAUUCUACACGGACCCUAAGCUCGGCCCUGAACCAUGCAUCUUCACAUCGACACUACCGGCGUGGAACUGUGAAAACCUCGAGCGUCUGGCAGCGAAGACAUGCUCGAACCUGAUCUUCGCACACGUGCGGGCAACGACCGAGGGCACCCUCGCGGAGAACAACUGCCAUCCUUUCCAGCACAAUACCCUGAUGUGGAUGCACAAUGGCAAUGUUGGCGGAUGGAAGUACAUCAAGCGCGCGCUGGCUGACUCCCUCGCGGACAAGUGGUAUCUGGGCGUGAAGGGAGGGACGGAUAGCGAAUGGGCCUUUGCUCUGUUCCUCGAUUUGAUGGAGAAAGAGGGGGCUGAUCCUAGCUCUGAUCCUGGCCCAGAGGGUUUUGGACAGGCGUUCCUGCGCCGCGUUAUGAUGAAGACGAUUGCUAAGAUUAACGAGUUCGUGCGAGAGAUUCCGGAGAAGCAUAAUGUGACAGGAGUGGAGACGCGCAGCCUGCUCAACUUUGCCGUCACAGAUGGACAUACGGUCAUCUGCACUCGGUAUAUAAGCAGCAAAACUGACGAACCGGCGAGUUUGUACUUUUCUUCCGGCACCAAGUGGAAGGAGGGCAAGACAAAGGGCCAUUUCAAGAUGGAGCGUCACGACAAAGGUGCUGAUAUUGUCUUGGUGGCUAGUGAGCCUAUCACUUUCGAGAGACAUAACUGGGUGUCUGUUCCUACAAACUCGAUUCUCACCAUACACAAGCAGACUGUGUUAUUGCAUCCUAUCCUGGAUGAAUUCUAUGAUGAUGACCCCAACAUGGACCGCUCCUCCUGCUAUGCGGUAUCUCAAGGUCAGAGUGCUGCACAGGGCACCGCAGUCCCAUCCCAGAGUGCAGCCGCUGCCUGCACGCCUCCCGAGCCCGACUCGGCGGACACCAAUGAGCAUAUCAAUGGCCCGAGACUGCACGAACUGAGCCACAAGAUGACACAGAUCCAGCUACAAACUUGA